GUGCCACCCGGCUUUCCCUCUUUCAACUCCCCGCCAUCGCUCUCCUCGACGCCCACCAUCUCCCCAUGUCGUCGGGCAAGCGAGGUAGAAAACGCAAUGACAAUCUCCCUCCCAACCGCGCGAGGGAUGUCCAGCGUGCUUUUCGCGCUCGACGCGCCGCUCACCUCGAAGCUCUCGAGCAGCGGGUCGCAGAACUUGAAGAAGAGAACAAUACGCUCCGUGUUGCGCUGAACCUCCCUCCAGCUAACCGACCUCCGCUUGGCAAGGGACCUACUGGGAAGGACAAACCGAAACACCCUUCAUCUGCGUCAGGUUCGCGUUCACAGGAUGCUCUGUCACGCCCUCCAGACUCCACGAGCCGUGGAGACUCAGCCGACUCCCCAGAUUCUACUCGGACUCAUUCCCUGUCUCCGUCCACCAUGACCGCCACUGCGGGAACCAUGCGAGCCUCUCCCCAUUCGGCAUCCAAUGUCGAAGGAACCGCUUGGGAUCAGCAGAUGCUUGUCACCGAACAACAGCAACAACAACAACAACAACCCGAGCCGUCCGCGUCCUCAUCGUCGACUGGCUAUCCUAUGCCGACACAUAAGCCCGCGCCUCAGUCGCAAUACACUUAUUCCAGUCCAAUUCCCGCUACAUCACGUCCCUCUAUGCCCAAUGGCAUUUACCUCCCUCCCGUCUCACAGGCGCCGCACAACUACUCCCAUACCGCCGAACGGCCCAUGCCCGAAUCUUAUGCAGCCUCAAGCUACGCCCCUCUUCGCGGCGUUCGCGAGGAGCACCAACAGUUUUCCUAUCCACAGGCGUCCUUUCAACAGUCCGAUACAGGACAGCCCAUCUCGCAUCAUCACUCACCUCCUGUCUCCGUCCCCCAAGUGCACGAUGCCCGAGAGACCUCUACGCAAUCUUCCAUGCCCUAUCCUCAUCGACGUUCUAUUCCAGAGCCUCAGUACGGCCGUCCACUCAUCAACCACUAUCAACCACUUCCUCCCCCUCACUCCUCUAACCAUCCUCAAAUGACGAUGUCCGGCUCCAUGCGUCGCCUGUCACCGCCUCGCAUUUCCGAUAACUCCCACACUCUACGUCCGCCGUACGGUACUAUCGAUUGAUUUAUUUCCUCAUUGCCUGUUCUAAUCAAUCAAUCAUUCAUCCACGCCUGGCCCUCGCCGGUCGCACGGCCGUUAGCAACCCCAAAUCGACCUCCCAGUCCACUCCACGUGUUAUCUAUCAUAAUUCUCAUCGACCGUCUUUUCUCUUUCUGCUUCGUACGAGAAGUUUCUGUAUCAUUAUUCUUUUGGGCUCGCCUUUACGUUGCCACUUUGUUUGUUUUAUCGUGUCACGAUGUUGGUGGAGGUUUGCUGCAACCCGAGAGUGUUUCACAUUGUAUUGGGGUUCGGACGGUAGCGGUUUUCGGCGUCCACAUUAUUUAAUCCAUCUGGAAGCUUCCGAACCAGGCAUGUAUGUCUCUAGGAUUCUGUCCUUUGC